AGAGACGAGCAAGUCACGGACCGUAAGAGUGUCCUAUGGAAAUCUAACAAUGAAAGCGAAACCACCGGUUCCAAUUAUGUCCAUGGUUUGUCAUGUCGUGACGAUUCGGAGUAGGUGCAUGGCUAUAUAUGCUACGAACAAUGUUAAUAUCCUUCAGUUUCUUCAAAACGAAACAAUACGACACGCCCUCAAGAAUUAUUCUCCUUUGAUAAUUCUAAUUUCUUCCAAGAUGCUAUUUAAUCUUCAAAAUCUCAUCUUAUUCUUAUUUUCUUCAAUGGCGAUUGUUAGAAGCAGUCCGAAAUUUGAUGAUGGAGGAUUUAUACCGAGUUCCAUGAUUUAUAUGGAUAAAAAUGCAAAGUCCCAGGAUCAACUUGCUAUGCCUUCUCAAGCAGAGCUUCGCAAUGAGACUUCAGCAAAACGGAAUGACAUGGACAGUAACGAUAUCACGGAUCGCAGUCAAGAACCUAGAUUCAGUUUCACAAAUCUUGGUAGCACAGGAAGUGGUUAUGGAAUAUCAACAUAUGCUCCGGCAAAAAUAGAUUUAGGAGGAUUGUUUUUGGGCGCUAUUAUAGGAAUAGGUUCUAUCCUCAUUAUUCCUAAACUGCUCUACGUUCUUUCUGGUACUUAUGGUCAUUAUGCAAGAAGUGAAGAAAGCGGCUUUACUCAAAUAAUGACAAAAAUGGAUGAUGUCCUGGCCCACCAUGGUAUCGAUACAACAUCCUGCAUGCAACGAAUUGUGUGUACUUAUUCGCAACAAGCUUCUUCAUCUGUUAAAGAGGCCAAUAAAUUAAAUAAUGAUGAAAAAAUUUCGUCCUUCGACCGUGUGAUUGAUACGAUUACGACGAAUCAAAUUUUCCGUACAACUAUGGAAGGAACCGCGAUACAAGAGGCAGUGGAAGCAGGAAGAGCUGGUCGAAACUGUUCACGGAUUUAUCCUCAUUGCGGAUUCUCCAUGGAAACUAUGUUAUCUCUUUUAUCAAACGUAAUUACUGCAAUCGCCGCAAUUAACACAGGAAAUUCCACGCCUACAGGAACUGGGACUUUAUAAUAUAUAAUAAUAUCAGAGAUCAAAGAAUGUGAAUAUUCUGAUUCGAUUAAAAUAUAAUGAAUUCUCAGAAGCGUAUUUUUAAACAAACGGAAUGAUAAUGAAAAUCAAUAUUAUGUUAUAGAAGAUAUUAUAUAAAAAUGUUUUUAUAUAGUUCCAUUUUAUUAAAUAAUCUAUAUCACAAAUAGAAUCAAUUUCCCAUCGGGAAAUUUCUUAAUUAUAAGUAUAUUCUAAUUAUAAGUAAAAUAGUAAUUGCAGAUAAUUUUUAAUAGAUUCAAGACAAACAGCAUAGUGAUUUCCUUUCACAUUUAUUUGAUUUUGUAUAUAUAUGAAUUAAGAAAAAUGAAAUUGUUUUCACGUAAAGUGAUGGAACCGUUGGUUCGUGCACUUUCGCGUAUAACGUGACAACUUUCCUAAUAGAGACUCGUGUUCUUUAUACAAUCUUUAAGUAAGGCAAAUAAGAUCGUAUAGAGUUAAAUGGUAUAACGAUUUAUCUUUUAAUAUGAACACAAUGUUCGUUAUAUAUUGUUUUGAUCAUUCAAUAUAGAUAUAAUAAUUUUUUUUACAAUGUAUAUAAAUAUAUAAUCACUUCUAUUAAUGUAUGAAUUGCGUGCGAGGUUUUGAUUCCUAAGAAAAAUAAAACAAAAUUUUACAAGA